AUGAUGGCCUUGACGGCCAAGGCGCAAUGCGGGGCCCAGUGCGCCGGGCUGACCGGGCGCUCCCGCCCGCUGCAGACCGGCUGGGGCGGCCGUGCGCUGAGACAGGCCGUCAGGAGCUCGCGGCGGCGCGUAGUUGCCUCGGCGGAGGACGAAGCGUCGGCGGAAAUGGACAUGGAGCAGGGAGAGGCGGAGCUGAGCGCACGGGAGGCGAGCCGGCAGCCGCCUGCUGAGAUGGGGCACGACUCGCCAGUCGAGGAGAUCGACCGCGCAUUCGGGAACGACAUGGUUCAGUUCGUGCAAGACGACGAGACAGGCGCGAUAUUCGCGGCGCUGCAGCACCCACGCGGAGGCGUUGCCUUUGUUUCCGUUGCUGGCGCUGCGGUCACCGCGUGGGUCACGUCGAACGGGCACGAAGCUCUCUUUGCCCCGAAAAAGGAACAAAUCGAGCUGGAGAAGCCGUUCAGAGGCGGCAUCACGCCCUGCUUCCCCCAGGUGAUGAAGGAGAACGUGUCGAUCCCGGACGGCGGGUUCGCGUCGCAGCUGGACUGGCGCGUGCGUGCUGUGGAGCUGUCGCCGGAGGGGGCACAGGACCCGGCGCCGACCGUCGUGCUCGUCGCUCGCGAUGACGAGAACAGCAGGAAGAUGUUCCCGGGAAGGUUCGAGGUUGAGGCGCGCGUGUCGCUGAUGGAGGACGACGACCCCCCCCCGCGGCAGCCAUGGAACACCGUGCGGCCGUGGAAAAACCGCGGGGCCGUCCCGUGGCUCCCGCAAGAGAACGACGGACCCGGCGCGAAGGCCGCCGCCGCGUCGUCGAGCAAGACCGUCGUGUCCCCGUCGGACAUGGUGGCCGAGACCGUCCCGGAGCAGGUGCUGUACGCGCUGCGCGUGACCAACACCGGGACGGAGCCGCUGUCGUUCACGGCAGGCGUGCGCGCGCAUCUCCGCGUGCACGACACCGCGUCGGAGUUCGUGCGCGCGCUCGGCCUGGGCGGCCUGUGGUACAUCGACUACGCGGACCCGUCGGACCCGCAGAUGUUCAUCGACGGCGAGGACUACACGCACUUCGACGAGCGCGUCAGCCGCGUGUACGUCGAGGCGGACGACUCCGGCGACAUCUGGCUGUGCCCGGGCGACCAGACGCACUGGCAGGUGUACAACAGGGGGGGGUUCCGGGACAUGCACGUGUUCAACCCGGGGGCGGGCGCGCCCGACACCGCGAAGCAGCACGUCCGGCUGGGGCCGGGGACGUUCGCGCGGAGGAUCACGCUGCAGCCGGGGGAGUCCUGGAGCGGCGAGACGGCGAUGCGGUACCUGGGGGAGUAUUGGGAGAUCCCCGAGUGGGACCGCGAGGGCGACGUGCCGCCGCCGCCGAUGACGCGCGAGAACGUCGCCAACUUCUCGUGA